AUGGCCCUUUUACAUCACUGCAAUCUGUCUUGUGCCUCGCCAAAUUUAUCAACAUGUUCCCAGAAUCAUUCGGCAAAAUCCCAAUGUCAAAAUUUCAUCUUUUCCCAAAACCCAUGUCUGAAACUAAGUCAAAGGAGACCCAGGAUUGCCGCCUCUGCUUUGGCCAAUUCAAAUGGGAAUUCAUCAGGGUCGUCAUUUGGUCAGUUGAUUGAGACUUUGAUUAGUGGGAAGGACUUGACAGCGGCUGAAGCUGAAGAAUCUCUAGACUUCUUAUUGGGUGGCGCUGAUGAGUCUUUGAUCAGUGCAUUUCUUGUUUUACUGAGAGCCAAGGGCGAAAGUUAUGAAGAAAUUGUAGGAUUGGCUAAGGCAAUGUUAAAACAUUGCAAGAAAGUGGAAGGAUUAGAUGAUGCAGUUGAUAUAGUGGGGACUGGUGGUGAUGGUGCAAACACUGUGAAUAUCUCAACUGGGGCUUCUAUUCUUGCUGCGGCUUGUGGUGUGAAGGUUGCAAAGCAAGGAAAUAGGUCAAGCUCUUCUGCUUGUGGAAGUGCAGAUGUCCUUGAAGAAUUGGGCAUUGCAAUUGAAUUGAAUCCUGAGGGAGUAAGAAGGUGCGUAGCAGAAGCUGGGAUUGGUUUCAUGAUGUCCCCAAUCUACCAUCCUGCAAUGAAGAUCGUAAGGCCAGUUAGGAAGAAACUAGGGGUUAAGACGGUGUUUAACAUAUUAGGCCCCAUGCUUAAUCCAGCAAGAGUACCUUUUGCUGUUGUAGGUGUGUACAAAGAAGAGCUGGUACCUACAAUGGCAAAAGCACUUCAAGGGCUAGGAAUGAAAAGAUCAUUAGUUGUUCACUCCAAAGGCCUGGACGAGAUGAGUCCCCUGGGGCCUGGGUUUGUUCUAGAUGUUACUGCCGAUAAGAUUGAAGAGUUCUCUUUCGAUCCUUUGGACUUUGGUAUUCCCAGGUGCUCUUUGGCUGACCUGCGAGGUGGAGGACCAGAAUACAAUGCUGAAGUGCUGAGGCGUGUAUUAUCAGGAGAGAAAGGGGCCAUUGCCGAUGCACUUGUGUUAAAUGCGGCAGCGGCUAUCUUGGUUAACGGGCAUGUGAAAAAUCUGGCCGAGGGUGUAGCUUUGGCUCGAGAAACAUUGUAUUCUGGGAGAGCAUUACAGACACUCGACUUAUGGAAACAAAUCUCCAAUACCUUUUUUCCACUAAGUUAUGGUACUGAGCAUCCUCCAACAUGCAGAUCCUAUUGUGGAAACUUAACAAUCGACUACCCUUUUGCAAUCCAAUCAGGUUGUGGACAUCCAGGCUUCCGGGACCUCUUAUUUUGCAUAAACAAUGUCCUGAUGUUCCACAUCAGCUCGGGUUCAUACCGCGUUUUGGACAUCGACUACGCCUACCAAUCACUCACAUUACAUGAUCCGCACAUGUCAACCUGCGACUCAAUCGUGUUGGGAGGCCGAGGAAACGGGUUUGUGAUCGAGGAAUGGCGCGCCCCGUUCCUGAACCCGACCACAGACAAUGUGUUCAUGCUGAUACAGUGCUCCCCUGAAUCUCCCCUGUUUCAAGGUUUUCCAGGGAAGCAUUUGCCCUGUGGGAAUGUUUCAGGGAUGGGAUGUGAUGAGUAUUAUGGUUGCCCUGCUUGGAGCUUUGUCGGGUCUUCGACCGGGAGGGGAUCCGGGUAUGGAUCGGGUCGUCCCGAGUGUUGUUCAGUGGCAUUUGAGACAUUGAAGGCUGUGAAUCUGAGUAAACUUGGUUGCCAGGGUUAUAGCAGUGCUUAUAGUCUUGCUCCUUUGAGGGUUUCAGGGCCUGAUGAAUGGUCUUAUGGUAUAAGAGUUAAGUAUUCAUUACAAGGGAAUGAAUCUUUCUGUAAAUCAUGUGAGGCCACUGGUGGAAGUUGUGGAUUCAAUACUGAUUCUGAUAGUGAUUUGUGCAUGUGUGGGAAUUGGAAUUCCACAACAAAUUGCGAUUCAGUUCCUUCUACAUCCAACAAAAUGAGGUGGUCUUCAAUGAGUGCAUUAACAGGUUUCGUGAUCAGUUUUAUUGUUUGGACAAGGCUUCUCAUACUUCAUCAGUCCUAA